CGCGUCGGUAGCCGCCAGGAGAAUCCACCGUUUCAAUCAAACAGAGAGAGAGAGAGAGCUCAAAAUUUAUAGGGUUUGCUGAUUCUUUGUGAAAGAUUCCUCCUUUUUUUUUAAAGAAUUGAAUCGGAGAGAAAAGAGUUUUGUUGAUUGGGGAUGGUUGAAAUGAGGAAUCGGGAGUCUGAUUCAGCGACGAAGUGCCGAGACGAGCUGCCGGUGAAGCAUGAGAUCGCAGAGGAUGAUUUAGAAGAAGAGCACGGUCCUCUCAACAAACGAUCUAGGUUAUGGAGCUCAUCGCUAAUGGCACCAUCCAAGUAUAACCCGCUUGACGAGCCGAGUCCUCUUGGACUAAGCCUUAGAAAGAGUCCAUCUUUGUUGGAUUUGAUACAGAUGAGGCUAACGCAGAGUGGUGAGUCAAAACCCGAAGGCUCUGGUGUUAAACAAGAGAGUAAUUGUAUUACUGCUGGAUCGAACUUGGCGCCAGGAAGUAUUGAGAAGCUGAAAGCUUCCAACUUUCCUGCCACGGUUUUAAAGAUUGGGAAGUGGGAGUAUAAAUCAAGGUAUGAAGGUGAUUUGGUGGCGAAGUGUUACUUUGCGAAACAUAAACUUGUUUGGGAAGUGUUGGAACGGGGUCUCAAGAGUAAAAUUGAGAUUCAAUGGUCAGAUAUUGUGGGAUUGAAGAUGAACUGUCCUGAAGAAGGACCUGGGACGUUGACUCUCGUGCUUUCUAGGGCGCCCUUGUUUUUCCGGGAAACAAACCCACAGCCUAGGAAGCAUACUUUGUGGCAGGCAACUUCAGAUUUUACUGAUGGCCAAGCCAGUACGUACAGGAAGCAUGUUCUGCAAUGUGCUGAAGGGAUAAUGAACAAACAUUUGGAGAAGCUUGUUCAGUGUGAUCAUCGCCUGUUGUAUUUAAGCCGUGAGCCAGAGAUAACGAUGGGCUCUCCUUACUUUGAUGCACGGAGAUCUAUCUUUGAGGAUCCGAAUGAAGCAAAGGGUAAUCCUUUUGGGAACUUUAGUCUUAGCACAGGUCCUUUAGUAUCUGGGACUCAGAACUUAGCAUCUCCUGUUGGGGCUCAAUCAUCCUCUGAACAUAUUUAUCUGUCUCAUGAAGCACCAUCUCCCAGCUCAGUGAUAGAUGCUCGUGCAAAUGAAGCAGUCAAUUCAAGAAACACAACGGAUUGUGGUCAGAUGGGACAUCGCCCAUCUAUGUCACUGAGUGAUUUCCUUGCAGUUCUCUGUGAUCCAAAAACUACAACGGAUCCGAGCCAAGUUGAAGACGUAGCUGGACUACACCGAUCCAUGUCAGUGAGUGACUUCCUUGCACUGUUAUCUGAUUCAGGAAACAUAACCGAUUCGAGUCAGGUAAAAGUACCUGGACUACAACAAUCCAUAUCAGUGAGUGAUUUCGUUGGACUACUCUCUGAUUCUGCUGGUGGGAAUCAUCUGGAGCAAUUCGAGAGCAUGAAACAGCAAUUGCUAAGUGAUAAUAUCCAUUUCGAUGCACCACCAGAUGACAAGUCUCUCAUGCCAAGGGUUGAUUCUUUAUUCAACCUCUUGUACAACAAGGAUCUCAACGUCGCUGCUAACUCACAGCUUAAUACUGAAAACUCGGGUGGGUUGAAGUCUGAACUCAGUGGUCAGAAGGGGAUGGUUCUGGACAAUGACAACAGGAGAGUUCUUGAUCCAGCUUCCAGCAGCAGACCACAGGGCAUGUUGAGGAAAGACUCGUGCAGCGAUUUGCUCUUAAAUCUCCCCAGAAUCGCAUCCUUGCCAAAGUUCUUGUCCAACAUUUCAGAAGAAUAUGGUGAUGCAUAUAAUAGAUGAUCAAUCAUGUUGCUUCCUGCUUUGUAAAUCAAGUUUGUCUCUUGAUCAUAAAAUACACCUAGAUUUAAAGAAACAUCUUUUGAUAAUGAAGUUAUGUAGUCAUCCCAUUUAUAAAACAAUGCCUCAAGAGGCUUAGACAUUCCAUUAUACCUAUCAAUACUAUUAAAACAAUGUUUUUUUU